AACGUCUUUUGAAACAAUGGAGUUCUAAUAUCGAACCAGUACAGCCAGGGCUCAUUCGAGUUGCUCCCUCCGUUCCCUCGCCCUUACCAUCUCCCGUUCCCUCUCUCUUCAACCUCGUUUAUCACACUCUCCAUGGGAUGUUGUUUAUGAGACUUUGCAAUGGGAGGGUGUUUCUCUUCUGCAAACGCAACUCUCUCCCAGAGAGCUAACCAUCGCAAACCUUGCGCCAAGGGUGACAAAAAGGAUGUCGAUGAUGUCUCCCGAGAUUCUGUGGUCGUGCCGGUGCCCAAGGUCGUCCUACCGGCGGUUCUCACGGAGUCCACAGGAAACGACAUUCUGAAACGGUAUCACCUCGGGAGCGAGCUCGGGAGAGGAGAGUUUGGGAUCACGCGUCAAUGCGUAGACAUCGAAACGGGAGAAAAACUAGCUUGCAAGACGAUUUCAAAGAAUAAGCUUCGUUCGGAGAUCGAUGUGGAGGAUGUCAGGAGGGAAGUGGAGAUCAUGCGGCGUUUGCCUGUGCAUCCGAACGUUGUUAGGUUGAAGGAGUCUUAUGAGGAUGAAGAGGCCGUUCAUCUCGUCAUGGAGCUCUGCGAGGGCGGCGAGCUCUUUGAUCGUAUUGUUGCCCGUGGACAUUACACGGAGGGAGCUGCUGCCGUCGUCACCAAAACGAUUAUCGAGGUCGUCCAGAUGUGCCACAAUCAUGGGGUGAUGCAUCGGGACUUAAAGCCUGAGAAUUUCUUGUUUACAGACAGAACUGAAGAUUCUGUACUGAGGGCAAUUGAUUUUGGUCUUUCCAUAUUUUUUGAGCCUGGCCAGCGUUUCAAUGAAAUUGUUGGGAGCCCAUUUUAUAUGGCUCCGGAGGUCCUCAGACGGAAUUAUGGACCAGAGGUAGAUAUAUGGAGUGCAGGGGUUAUCCUCUACAUUUUGUUGUGUGGAGUUCCACCUUUCUGGGCAGAAACUGAAGAAGGAGUUGCACAGGCAAUUGUCCGAUCGGAUAUAGAUUUUAUUAGAGAUCCUUGGCCAAAGGUUUCUGAAGAUGCAAAAGACCUUGUAAGAGGCAUGCUCGAUCCAAAUCCGUACUGCCGAUUGACAGUUAAAGAAGUUCUUGAACAUCCAUGGCUGCAAAAUGCCAAUAAGGUACUGAAUGUUCCUCUAGGAGAAUGUGUCACAACAAUGAUUAAGCAGUUCUCAUUGAUGAAUAAAUUUAAGAAGAGAGCUCUAAGAGUUGUAGCAGAUAUCUUGCCAAUGGAUCAAACAGCUGGUAUUAAAAAGAUCUUUCAUAUGAUGGACACUGACAACAAUGGAAAUUUGACCUUUGAAGAAGUCAAAGAUGGACUCCAUAUGAUUGGGCAACCUGUUCCUGAUCCAGAUGUUCAGAUGUUAAUAGAUGCCGAGGACAUUGAUGGGAGUGGCACUCUGAACUAUGAGGAUUUCGUCACAAUCUCCAUUCACCUGAAAAGAAUUAGCAGUAAAGAACAUCUGUCCACAGCUUUUAAUUUGUUCGACAAGAACGAUAGUGGGUUUAUUGAGUAUGAAGAGUUGAGAGAAGCAUUACUAGAGGAUGACCUUGGCCCUGACAAUGAGCAGGUGAUUCGAGACAUACUCUCCGAUGUUGAUACAGACAAGGAUGGUCGAAUCAGCUAUGAAGAAUUCGAGGCAAUGAUGAAAGCCGGUAUGGAUUGGAAAAUGUCAUCUCGCCAAUAUUCAAGAUCAAUGUUCUUGGAGGUUGUAGCAGAUAUCUUGCCAAUGGAUCAAACAAUUGGUAUUAAAAAGAUCUUUCAUAUGAUGGACACUAACAACAAUGGAAAUUUGACCUUUGAAGAAGUCAAGGAUGGACUCCAUAUGAUUGGGCAACCUGUUCCUGAUCCAGAUGUUCAGAUGUUAAUAGAUGUCGUUAACAUGGUAUCAGAACAAGUCUAUUGGACCUGAAAACAAGAUCGAUCUGAAUUCUUUAUUUCCUUCUUCCCUUUUUUGAGUAAAGAUCAGAGAAACUCUGUCGGACGGGUCUGAGAGAAUUUUCUGGGUUCUUCUCCUCUUAUCUCUUGGUCGUGUACCAAGAAAAAUACUUGUAACUGGUUCAGCUGAAUGGUGUGAAGAAUUUAAAGGGAUUCCAACCCCUCCUAGUGGGGUCGUGUGAUCCUUUUAUAUGAUUUUUGUAGGUCUGGGAUGAUCUCUCUGUGUUGUAGCACUAAGGUCUAGUAUUUGGAUCAAAUCGAUGUUGUACCUGUAUUUUUAACAGCAGAAUUUUGUGUGGAUUUUGUUAGACAGUGUAUGCCCUUACCUCCAA